UGUUUAAUAAGUAAAUUUUUUCUGAUUUCAGAAUCCUACCUGUGUUGCUCUGUCAUCUGAUAACUCUCUUUUGGCUUGCGGAUGCGAAGAUGGUGUGGUACACCUGUUUGAUGCCCAAACUGGCAAUGAACUACGGAAUUUCAUCGGACAUUCUAAUUGCAUUUCCUCUGUCUGUUUUGUCGACACCAAUCAAUUGUGCAGUGCAUCAUUUGAUUCAAAUCUUUGUUUGUGGGACAUCAAAGAAGGGUUCAGAGUAUUUUUAAUGAAAGGCCACACCAGAAAGGUCAGCUGUUGUUGUACAGAUCCAUCCCAAAGGCUUAUUGCUUCCUCUUCUUGGGACACAACAGUGAAAAUUUGGAACGCUUCUAAAGGAAGCAUCAUGUGUUCUCUCAACUUCAAACGACCUGUUAACUGUGUAGCAUUUCAUCCAGAGAAAGAAGUGAUUGUGGCCGGAUUGUGGGAUUCUACAUUACGUAUUUGGGAUUUCAACAAAAACACUGAAAUUGCUGUUAUCCGUGGUCACGUUUCAUCUGUACGUGCUGUUGCAUAUUUGCCAACUGGUACAUAUAUUACAUCUGCCUCUUUAGACGGAUCCGUGAAAAUAUGGUCAGCUGACCAUGGCAAACAGGUUGGAAGCAUUAUGGGACAUACGGGGCCAGUCAAUGCUAUCGCUUACACCUCAAAUGGAAGAGAAAUGGUAACUGUCAGUGAAGAUGGCAAAGUGAAAGUAUGGUCAAGUUAUCUUGGCAAGUUGAUCCACAAACUAAAAGGAAAAGAUGAUGAUGCUGCAACUUGUGUGUCAAUCUCACCAUCUGUGACAAACAUUGCCGUUGGUUACCACAGUGGAAAAGUCAGAAUAUUUAAUAUUAGAACAGGUGAGAAACUCCAUGAAUACCAGAUGCACACUAAAAGCAUAUGUUCCAUUCGUUAUUCUCCUGACGAGAAGUUCAUACUGACAGGAUCUGCUGACACCACUGCAAAGAUGUUUGUUUGGACUAAUGGUCACUGCAAGCAAAGUUUCACUAAACACUGUCAGCCUCUGCUAUGUGCAGACAUCUGCAGCGAGUUUGUUGUCACAGCAGCAGAAGACAUCUCUUGUUAUUUGUAUCGCCUGAAGAAUUAUUCAUCGGAAAACACUGAAUCAGCCAAAGUCUCACCAGCAAAAUUAGGGAAACGCAAACAAUGUGGAAGCGUACCAACUGGACGAUCAUCAUCUGUGACUCAGUUGCAGCAGCAUGAUGCACCAAUAUCUGCUUGCACAUUUAGCUUUGAUGAAGUGUUUUUGGUAACAGCAGGUCGAGACAAGAAAGUUGUCAUUUGGGAUUUGAACAAAAUUUGGCAGCCACACCGAAUCCUGUUUGAUUGUCACAGAGAUUGGAUUACUGAUUGCAAGAUGUCUAAAUGUGGAGAAUUCUUGGUCACAUGUUCAAAUGACUUUUUGAUAAAAGUUUGGAAUACCAGAAAUGGCACACUAGCCAGCACAAUGACUGGUCACAUGGCUCCUAUUAAUGCUGUCAGUUAUAGGAAGCAAUGUGUUACCUCAGCCUGUUCUGAUGGCUCUGUCAAAAUCUGGUCAGAUAAAGGAUUUGAAGUGACCACCCUCUUUGGCCACAGUAAUCGAGUUAAUGAUUGCGAUAUGCGAUUACAAAAUGAAGACGUUGAUUUAACUGAAGCACGAAAAACAUGGGCAAAUGUUGUAGCUAAAAAGAAAACGACCAGUUUGAGAAAGGAGAGAUCUGUUACCUUGGCAACAUGUAGUGAUGAUGGUUUUGUGAACAUAUGGGAGCCCCUAACUCUCAAAGAAAACUUCUGUCUUAAAGGUCACUGUGACCAGGUUCUAGGUGUGUCUUGUACCAAUAAAGGUGUAAUAUGUUCUUGUUCAAAAGAUGGUUCUCUCCGCAUUUGGUCAGUUCCUUCUGGUUCUGAUAAAGUCACAAAUGAUGAUGGCCACGAUGGACCAAUAACUGGAAUCAUUUAUUCCCCUAUUACUGAUACGGUCAUCACAUCUAGCAGGGAUGGAACUGUGAAAUUUUGGAAUGCUUCCAAUUUGACUCGCCCAAAGUGCAUCACAACUCUUAAGCUGAGUGAGUCUUCCGUCAAUUGUAUGUGUUUUUAUGAUGUCAAAGCCACCAUGUUUGCUACGGGUACAGACCACAAAACCAUCGAAAUUUGGCAAAUAGUUCCACAGAAAGCGUCGUACACCGUCAAGAAAAUGAAAGAGUAUUCAUUAGAUACACCAGUUGUUAGCUUAGAAGCUUGGCCAACAACUCAACGCCAAACAAUGCUGGAUGUACUGCUUUCUUACACACGGAAAACUACUCUAAAUCUUCAUUCGCUGAGCACUGAUUACGUCGAAACAGAUGUUGGCGAAGAAAAUGUUGUGACAUUCUCUUCAGUCAAACUAAAGGACAAAAUACUGAUGAUUAGUAUAACUGAUGACCGACAUUUUCUCAUAUGGCAUGUAACUAAUAAGAAAGGUGAAUAUUCUAUAAUUCUACAAGAUACAAUAGAAAUGGACUGGCUACUCACUCCUGAAACACUUCUGACCGCUGUUUUCGUGACAGAGAAGUUCACUUUCUUUGGGGACAGCUCUGGUCAAGUUCAUUGGCAAGACAACAGUUUCAAAUAUGACGACGAUAAAGAUAAAGGGAAGAACGUCAAGACAUUAACGGUUCAACGAAAUGUUGCUAUCACUUGUAUAUUGGUCAUUGAUGAGAUUAUCGUGACAGCAAGUGCUGACAAUGUACUGCGUAUGUGGAAGAUGGAUAUGGAACAGAUUGCUCAGUUUUACUGCGUAGCACCUGUAACUAAUAUGACUUUCUGCCAACGGACACAGGCCGGAGAUAUUCAUAUCAUUGCUGGAGACCAACUCGGCAAAAUCUACUUUCUAACAUUAAAGUUUUAAAAUUUUUUUUCUAAAUUUAAUUUCUAAAUAGAAAUGUCUUUAAAAAAAAAAAAAACC